AUGUCUGAAAUCGAUGUGGACGGAGGCAGGGACCUGGAUAUUUUCGAUAUCAACGAAGAGGCAGGGCUGGGUCUGAUGGAGGGUGACAUUGUGUACGAUGGGGAACAGGGCAGGAACUCCAUCCUGGGGGACCAGUACCGAUGGCCGACCACCGUCCCGUACUACCUGCAGGACAGCUUAGAGAUUAACGCCAAAGGAGUGAUAAUGAAAGCAUUUGAGCAGUACCGGCUGAAGACCUGCAUCAAUUUCCAGCCCUGGAAGGGAGAAAAGAACUACAUCUCAGUGUUCAAGGGCAGUGGGUGUUACUCCUCCGUGGGGAACCGUCAGAUGGGGAAGCAGGACCUGUCCAUCGGGAGCAACUGCGACCGCAUCGCGACGGUGGAGCACGAGUUCCUCCACGCGCUGGGGUUCUGGCACGAGCAGUCACGGGCGGAUCGGGACGACUACGUCACCAUCGUGUGGGACCAGAUCACCGAAGGCAAAGAGCACAACUUCAACACGUACGACGACACAAAGUCCAGCGCGCUGAACGUGCCAUACGACUACGGCUCCAUGAUGCACUACAGCAAGACAGCCUUCAACAAGGCCUCGGCCCCCACCAUCGUCACCAAGAUCCCCGAGUUCAUGGACGUGAUCGGCCAACGCAUGGAGUUCAGCGACAGCGACCUGCUGAAGCUCAACCGCCUCUACAACUGCACCACAUCCUUGACGUUCCUGGACACCUGCAGCUUCGAGCUCUCAAACAUCUGCGGCAUGAUCCAGGGUUCGGGCGACAGCGGAGAUUGGAUACGACUGACGGCAGUCCCCGGGGGACCCCCCACAGACCACACCAACAUGGGACAGUGCAAAGGCACUGGGUUCUUCAUGCACUUCAGCACGGCGACGGGUAGCGCAGGACGCCACGCCUACCUGGAGAGCAGGCUGCUCUACCCACAGCGAGGCUCGCAGUGCCUGCAGUUCUACCUCCACAACAGCGGGGGCGCUGCCGACGUCCUCGACGUCUGGGUCCGGGAGUAUGACGAGUCCAGCCCCAAAGGGACCCUGAGAUUCGUGCAGGCGAUCAAGACGGAGAACCAUCACUCCUGGGAGCUUCACCACGUGACCCUGGAUGUGAAAAAGAAGUUCCGGGUCGUUUUCGAGGGUAGAAAAGGGGCGGGGCCAUCCUCGGGCGGUCUCUCCAUCGACGACAUCAACCUGUCGGAGACGCAGUGCCCCCAACACCAGUGGAGGAUCAAGAACUUUGGCCAGCUCCUGGCCACCACCCCCCCGGGCAAGAAGGUGUACAGCCCCCGCUUCCUCUCCCGGGAGGGCUACAGCUUCCAGGUGGGCGUGUACCUCAACGGCACCUCCAGCAGCCCUGGAAAAAUGGCCGUCUACUUCUACCUGGUGUCUGGCGAGCGGGACCACGCGCUGCAGUGGCCGUGUCCAUGGAAACAGGUCACCAUGAUGCUCAUGGACCAGAACUCCGACAUCCGCCGGCAAAUGAACAACCAGCGGAGCGUGACCACCGACCCGAACAGAUACGACACGGACGCCAAUGGGAACCGGGAAUACUUCUGGGACGACCCCCGGAAGGUGGGGAGCCUGGUGACCGAUGCGGACGGGACAACAUUUUACCGAGGGCCAGGGAGGGGGACGAGCUCCUUCCUCACCCACGGCAGGCUGAAGAGCAGGGACUUCAUCAAGGGAGACGACGCCAUCUUCCUCUUCUCCCUGGAAGAUAUGUCCAGAUUCCUGAAGACCCAGCCCCUGCCCAAAGCUGACCCCUGCAGCACAGUCAAGUGCGGGACCCAGGAAGUCUGUGUGCGGGACGGUGAGGUGGCCAUAUGCAGGUGCGAGGGGGAUGGGUGCCGGAGAAUCGGCCCCGCCCCGGACACCGUGCCGACCGCGGCGGUGGCGGCGGCAGGCGUGUGUGCUCUCGUCGCCAUGGCGAUCGUCGCCUUCGCGAGCGUGAUGCAAGCCAGGAAGUACAAGAGGAAGCUGCAGGAGAAGGAGGCUGCAAUGGUGCUGGAGAAUGUAAACAUGUCAUAA